UUAUGUUGUUAAAAUUAUUUUUUUUAAAUAGUCACGUGAACUUACGGAUGAGUUAUUUUCUGUGCUAACAUGCGCUCACGCAAGCAUUUAGCAAUUUACGUUAGCAUAGCUGGUCCUAUUCAUCACCGGCAUGUCACAUACCAGGCGUAAUGGAGUCCAGUGAGGUGGGGGACCUCAGUGUCGGAGGAGAGGAGAACUACUUCCAGGGCUACACCUUCACCGACCGCUCCCACUCCAGCCGGGUGGUGAAAAGUAUCAUGGACCUGUGCCUGGAAGAUGGCUUGUUUGCCGACGUCACGAUUACAGUGGAUGGCAAGGAGUUCCACCUACACCGACUCGUGCUGUCGGCGCAGAGCAGUUUCUUCCGCUCCAUGUUCACCUCCAACCUGAAAGAGUCCCGUAACCGCUGUAUUGAACUGAAGGAUGUAAGCGCCGCUGUCUUCCAGCUGCUGGUUGACUAUAUCUACCAUGGCACCAUUAAAUUGAGGGUGGAGGAGCUGCAGGACACCUACGAGAUGGCAGAUAUGUACCACUUAACGUCUCUCUUUGAGGAAUGUUCUCGCUUUCUCUCGCGGACCGUGGAGGUCAAGAAUUGUCUACAGGUGAUGUGGCUUGCAGACAGGCACAGUGACCAGGAGUUGUACACGUCUGCCAAACACUGUGCUAAAAUCCACUUGGCCCAACUUCAUCUGACAGAGGAAUUCCUCAACCUGCCGCUCUGUCUGCUCUUAGACAUUAUCAAAGAUGGUGUUCCAAGCUCCCAGAAUCCAACUGUAACUAUUGAGUCGUGGAUAAAUCACAACAAGGUGGAGCGAGAGGAGUUUGCUUGUAUCCUCCAAGAAAAUCUCAAGGAAAUCGGUGAGAAUGUCCACAUUUAUCUGAUCGGUAAAGAGGACACAAGGACUCACUCCCUCGCCGUGUCACUUCACUGCGACGAGGACGACGCCAUCAGCGUUAGUGGCCAGAACAGCCUAUGCCACCAGAUCACCGCCGCUUGUAAGCACAGAGGUGACCUUUACGUGGUGGGCGGCUCCAUCCCCCGGCGCAUGUGGAAGUGCAACAUGCACACCAUGGACUGGGAGCGCUGCGCGCCACUGCCCAGGGACCGCCUCCACCACACCAUGGUGUCAGUUUCCAGCGAGGAUGCCAUCUACUCUCUCGGCGGGAAGACUCUGCAGGACACGCUCUCGAACGCCGUCAUCUUCUACACGGUAAAAGACAACGUGUGGACGGAGACUAGCCAGCUGGACACGGCGGUCUCGGGGGCCGCAGGUGUCAACUUGGGUGGUACCAUCUACUUGCUCGGCGGCGAGGAGAACGACAUGGACUUUUUCACUAAGCCGUCGCGCCUCAUUCAGUGUUUCGACACGGCGUCACAGAAUUGUCAGAUGAAACAGUACAUGCUGCCGUUCGCCGGAUGCAUGCACGCCGCGGUCCACAUGGACGUCAUUUUCAUAGUAGCGGAAGGAGACUCGCUGGUUUGCUACAAUCCUUUGCUGGAGAGCUUCACUCGCCUGCGUUUCCCCGAAGCGUGGAGUUGCGUGCCAUCGCUGUGGAAAGUGGCCAGUUGUAACGGCUGCAUUUAUGUUUUUCGGGACAAAUGUAAGAAAGGUGAUGCGAACACAUUAAAGUUCAAUCCGGCUACGUCUGUUGUCUCUGUUAUCAGAGGUCUAAAAAUCCUCUUGACAAACUGGCAAUUUGUCUUGGCCUAACAUUUCUUAUUUUUAGCUCUGAAUGUACAUACUGUAAACCGUACAGCAGUGUUGGGGAGUGACGAAUUGCAUGGGACUAGAUUAUAUCAUUUCAUUGCAAAAAUUGAUGUAGCUUAAUCCAUUACUAGGAGAAAAGGUAUAAUGAAAUUACAGUUGUUUUUGGAAAAAGGUUAGACUCAUAGGUACACUUUUAAACACAAAAGAAAAUGUACUUUUGAACAGUUUCAUAUCUAUAAUUUAGGACUUUUUUUUUUUUUUUUAAAUGGAACAUUUCACUUAUCCAGGUUGUCAUAUGAAGCAAUAUUAGGGAGGUUUACGGGGAGCCUUCUAUUCUGAUUAUAAUCGGUUUAGAAGCCCAAACCAAAUGGAAAUCCUUCAUAUACACACCUCAGUCGGAAUAAACACGCCGAAUCUGAGUAGAAUUUCGUUCGGUUUCAUAAGGGUCGAAUAUUCCUUUGCCAAACUGAUCAGAAGUACAUUUUCGUCGCGUGAACAGCGAAUCGUAAUGCGCUCUGUCUUCAUGUAAAUAAGCGGUGACGUCAUCGUUGAAGCACUUAAAUAUGUCUGUGAAUAUUGUCAUUCAUCCGGGUCAUUGAAUCCGUCGCAUCUGGACUGUUGUGUUUGUCUUAGAAGAUGUUUCGCCUCUCAUCCGAGCAGGCUUCAUCAGUUCAUGCAACAAGGCUUAGUUAGGACGCACUUUUCAGCUAGCCAUCCACUCCGUAUCACCAUCCCAGCUGACUUUUGGAACUUGCCCAUUUAGAAAUGGUCUUUUCCCAACUUAGGCUACAUCUCGUGAUUUUACUCAACCAGUUUCUCUGGCUGAAUCCAUGUUUAUGUCAUUUUUGCAUUUGUAUUAGCGCCUGUCUCAUUUUGGAUGCGUUUCCUGAGUAGUCACACAAUAUGUCACAAUGGCAUAACCAGCGCGCACGCAUGUACUUCAAAUCAAGUAGAAACAUUUUACUACUGUUCACUAUAUCGUAACGACGUGUCUAAUAUUGAUGUGCAUACAUAUUACAGGAGAUGUUUUCUAAAGUUGUCAAAUGUUCUUGUCAUGAAACUUUUACGUACGGUGUUUCUUGUCAAAUAUAUUGCUGUGGCAACUUUAUACUGCUUAUUGAACUUUUCUGGCCUUGUCGUGUUUGUGAAAUGACUGUUUCCAGUGAUGUUUUAUUUAUUAUUUCCAGUAAGCAGGGGUGCCUUUAGCAAUUCAGCGUUACCCUGCUAAUAUCGAGGUUCAUCGUUCGUAACCCCGCUGUAUUGCUGAUUUUUAAGCAGUCGUCUUUUAUGGGGUUUUCAUGGUAUUCUUACUGUAAUGCCCUUGCAUGUGGGAAAGGAGAGCCACAGUCACCGUUUCACAUUUCAGACAUUUAUUGAGUGCCGGGUGAAGAGUCGAACACACAAUGAGCACACUCGCGCAUGAGCUGCUGGCAGCCACAGCUCACUCUCAGACACUCUUGCAGACUCGCCCACACCGCAAGCCAAUCCGCCAGGCCCCCGCCUCUUAAAGGCAUUGCAUUUAUCGAAGACACAGACACGACAAUACGUAGAGUAUUUACCAUACAUUUUGUGUUCAAAUAUGUUUAACACCCGUUGAACGUGUUUGAAUGGGAUCUGUUACUUGUGAACACAGCCACAUGCUAGUUAUAAGAGAGAGUGCAUCCUUGUGGGACCAGAUUUAUUUUGAUUUUAUUGAAACUUUAUUUAACCAGGUAAAAUACCAGUUAAAACAGAACAUCUCAUUUUCAACGAUGACCUGGCCAAGAAAGCAGGUUAAACAUCAAGUCCAAGUCAAUUACAUUCAAGUUUAUUUCAGUUGUUUAUUUUCCCCUCCCCUGUCAAAAAGAUACAAAAAUAAAUCAGUUGAGUUGUACAAGUUCUAGGCCACAUUAAUGGUGGAAAAAGCUUUACAAUUAUUUAUCAUGGUCAAACCUCUUUUACAACACAAAAACCUGGCAUUUGAACAGGGGUGUGUAGACUUUGUAUAUGCACUGCGGCCUUGUUCCUGUUUUUGUAAUCUGCCUGAUGAGUUUACAGUACUGUGCUGUUUAACGAGUGGAAAACAAUAUAGUAUAAGACCAUUUCCUGGA